CGACCAUUGGCUCUCCCGCUCUCUCGGCUGCGCUCCGAGCCAGGACAGCCCGCAGGGUGGGGCUGGCUGGUCCGCAGUUUCAGUGCCGCUCCUGGGCGAUCGGUCGGGUUGCAGCCGCCGCUCGUGGGAAGGCAAAAUGUCUGCAGAACUGUCUUUGCUCAUCAACAUAAAUGAGCCACGGUGGGAUCAGAGCACCUUCAUGGGAAGAGCAAAGCAUUUCUUCGCAGUGACAGAUCCCCGCAACAUUCUGCUUUCUAACAAGGCCCUAGAAGAUGCCCGAAGAGUGAUACAGAAUUACAGAAUGGGUAAAGUGCAACCAGGCUUGACUGAAGACCAAUUAUGGCGGGCAAAAUACAUCUAUGACUCUGCCUUCCAUCCAGACACUGGUGAGAAGAUGAUCCUGAUUGGACGUAUGUCUGCCCAGGUGCCCAUGAACAUGACCAUCACGGGAUGCAUGCUCACCUUCUACAGGAUGGCUCCUGCCAUAGUUUUCUGGCAGUGGGUGAACCAAUCAUUCAAUGCCAUUGUCAAUUAUACUAACCGGAGUGGAGACGCACCUAUCACUGUCAAACAGUUGGGCACUGCUUAUGUCAGUGCUACUACUGGAGCUGUGGUGGCAGCAUUAGGACUCAAAUCUCUCACCAAGCAUUUGCCCUCAAUCAUUGGACGCUAUGUGCCUUUUGCAGCUGUGGCAGCUGCAAACUGCAUUAAUAUUCCAUUAACAAGACAAAGGGAGCUAAAGUUUGGUAUCCCCAUUAUGGAUGAACAUGGAAAUCGGCUGGGUGAAUCGAAGAAGGCAGCCAGGCAAGCCAUUGUGCAAGUGGUGAUUUCACGCAUUGGCAUGGCUGCACCAGCAAUGGCCAUUCCUCCUGUGAUCAUGAAUGCCUUAGAGAAAAGAGCAUUUAUGAAGCGGUACCCCUGGAUGAAUGCUCCUCUGCAGAUUGGACUUGUGGGCCUGACUUUGGUGUUUGCCACACCUCUUUGCUGCGCAUUCUUCCCACAGAAGAGUUCAAUGCGGAUGAAUCGCCUGGAACCAGAAGUCCAGAAUUUGAUCAGAGAGAAGAAUUCUGAUAUUGAGCUUGUCUAUUUUAAUAAGGGACUUUAAGAAAUGAUGCCACAUAUUAAGCUGGUGUGCAUCUGAAAGAAGUCAAUGAGGAACCCGUGAACCAGCACUCUAAAGGAGAAAGUUACAUUUUGUAAUAAUAUAAUCCCUUUUACAUGCUGCUUUCUUAAUGGCUGUCAAAUCUUGGCGGUCCUAUAUGCGCGAAAUACCCUUCCUGCAUUCAGGAAAAGAUUAUAAACUGGCAAUGUACUUUUGCUGUGAUCCAAACCAAAUCAUUCCAGCCUUGACUCCGCUUGAUGUCAGCAUCAGAACUGCUGACAAUUUUUAAGCAAAACCAGUUCUUCUAGUAUGCAUAGUUCUGCUGUAAUGUGUAGAGUGUUGUGUGUGAAAGAAAGAAUGUUUGUCUACCCAUGUAAUCCUUGUGAAGUAAUAUUUAAGAAUCAUGAAACUGAGAUCAUUCUCAGGAGAGGAGCUGCACUGAGUACUUUAAAUCCUACAGGAAUCAAGUUCAAUGGAAAAGCAACCUGCCCUUCGCUUCAACUGAGUUCUUUCUUAUUCAGCACCUAAUAAAAACAUCAUGGUUUCAUGAAGGGCUUGCACGUGUUUGCGAGCUGCCUAUAGUCCUGGGAUUGUAAAAAGGCUUUGCUCCAAACCAUCUGUUUUUACAAUCAAAAACGACUGCAUAAAUAAUCAUCUUUGCAUCCUCUUGCUAUUUAGUAUUUUUGAAACCAAUGAAGCAUUCAGUUGCAAAGAUGGCAAGAUAUGCAGCCCUACUGUUAAAAACCCCAUGAGGUAGAUUAUCAUCAUUAGUGAACUAGGAGUAUGAGAAAAUAUUGGGGUUUCAUGGUAACAUACUGUUUGAUCAGAGUGAAAGCAUAUGUGAGUAUUAUUGCAAGAUGGAAGAUUCUCUGUUAAGAGUUCUACAGGUUGUCCUUUUUAGAAAACGUCAUUUAAUGAAACAGUCGCUAAGUUACUUCAGCUUCAGCUUUGCCUUUCAAACCUGAAAAAGUCAUAAAUGUGAGGAUUAAUCAUAAAGUUAUUAUUUCAGUAAAUCAUAAAGUUACUGUCAAUGCAAUUGCUAAACGUGGACUGACUCUAUGGGAUUAAACAUGUGCUUCUAUUUAAUAUUUUAAUCUGUAUAUAUCACAAAGCCAUAUAGAAAACUCUGAUGCAGACAUUUGCUAGAUUGUUUUUGAAGAGGGAUCAUUGCUGAUCUUUUGCUCAUAGUAGUAUUUUUAAUAACUAUAUUCACAAUUACAUAUUAGAAUAAUACAUUAGCCAA